AUGUCGCUAUCCCUUAUUCCUCCCCACUUGCGGAUGCCCGCCGAGAAUCGAGGGACGCUUCAAGGUUUACCUAGCGAGAUGAUACAGAAAAUCGCCUGUUUUUUGCCCACAGAUCGGGAUGUGGGUAACUUGAUGAAGACCUGCAAGCGCUUUACGGAAGUGCUUACACCACCGAGUUCUGGUAUUUGGCGCUCGAUGUUUUUGAGUGAAUAUGAUCCAUACCCGCCGGACAAGACUUCCAUAGAGAUUAAAUGGGAGUACCAGUUUCGACGAAUCAUUUUUAGGAAGCCCAUCACCUUCGAAAAUGGUGAAGAAAGCUUCAAAUACUUUGGUGAAGGAGAUGUGAAGCGGGGAAGGACAUCACUGAAUGUUGAAGUGCUUACAAAAUUGCUCGAGGAUAGUGAAUUUUUUCAUCGCCCCAUCGUCGGCUAUAAUACCGCAGUGCCAGCAAAACCGACUUUGAGGCUAGAAAGGCCGUUUCGCGCCCUCCGUGAGGACUACGAUAUUGCAAUUGCAUACGGCAUUUCAUCGGAAGGUAGACUCUCGCUAUUCAAUGGGGGGCACAUUGACCUGGAGCAGCUUCUGCAUGUCAGAAACUUCUGGAAAAGGCACUUGACAAGCUCCGAAGAGUAUAGCUUCCGUCCCUCCUAUAAAACCGCGGCUCAACCUAAAGCCUGGGAUGUUGCUUUUGGGGAGCGACUUGAGUUUGCCACCAGCUGGACGGGAUAUUAUUCCUGUAUACAUCCGUAUACGGGAAUAGAGAACCUUUUAGAGCGUCAAACUUGCGCCGACUUUGGAACGCAUAUGGAAAGGAUUCCCCAUGUGUUUUUUAAAAUCGACUCUGAUCCAAUACUUCCCGCUAUGCGCCAGUUAUUGGAACAUGCGUUCCCAAGUGCCCCUUCUGCCUUUGAUCGAGAAUGGUUCUCUGCCACAUGGUGGGCAGAGGAAGAGGAAGACUAUUUAUACUCGAUUUUAGGAUAUUGUGAGUCGCUUCCUGGGACACACGGCGGCUCUCCUGGUUGGAGACGGGCUUGUUUCAUGCAAUACGAAUGGUGCACAAUCGGGUACGAAAUAUUUGAGGACUUGGCAGAUUUCUACCUCCUUGAUCCGGACCAGUGGAAAAAUUAUUUUGAGUGGGUUACUGGAUACGAGGCGGUGAUGCUUCCAGGUGGCCAGAUUAUGAUAGGACGGUGGUACAACAUGCAAUCUGACCCUGUAUGGGAGGGUGGCCCGCUUAUCUUCUGGAGGGCACCUUGA